AUUGUUAUCAAAUUGAACAACACUCACUAAACAGAAAUGGGGAGGUGGGAUGGUAAAGGGGAAGUUUAACUGAGCUUGGAAGGGGUUAAUAUGCAGGGUUGAGAGAAUCUGCCCUUAGGAAUCUUUCAAGAAGACAGGGAUCCUGCCCAAAUGCCAUUGCAGUGCCAAGGGUAGGGAGCCUAGCCAAAGCUGAAGUUGGGCAUACCCACGCCACUGCCUUCAGGCCAUCAUUCCGUGCAUUGGAGUGCUCCAGGUGACACACAGGAGAACCUUGUUUACUGUUCUUGACCCAAGGCUUGAGAUCCUUCUGUGGGCAAAUGCCUGCACAUCACCUCUGUAUUAUCUGAGUGAAGGACUCUGAGUCCCUGGUAUUUGCAAUAAUCGAUCUCAUCCUACACUUGUCCUUCCAAGCCAGUGUUUCUAAGAGUGGUCCUGAUCUGUGAUCACUCCUGGAACAUCGGUUAAAAAGUGCAGAUCCCAAGGACCCAAGCUAGACUUGUGAAUCAGAAUUUCUGGAGAUAAGGCCCAGGAAUUUGUUCAACAAGCUUCCAUAGUAGUUCCAGGCAUAUGGAACCUUUUGAAAUUCACUGCUCUCAGAGAAAACCCAUGCUUUUUGCAUUUUUUUUUAAAUGGAAAAAUGUUGCUAGAGACUUUUAGCUGGAAAUAUAAGAGAAGAUAAUAACACAGUAAUAAUAAUGGGCGGAGUCAUGGGGAGGGGUCGUUUGAAGCUCUAUUUGAGAACCUGCUGGCAUUGGUGUUGUUGGCCUGUCUCAGCCACCCUGAUGCUCAGGUAGGAACUCCUGAAAAAAAAAAAAAAUGUCUGGGCCGCGCCCUAUGAGACCAUUGAAAGGUCUGGGAUGUCCAUUCAUCCUUGGGGUCACCUAUGCCACAGGAAGUUCUGGACAAGAACUUCCCAACAAUCCAUAAGCGGACGCCACGAGGCGCGAAGCGCGUUCGUGGCCACACGCAACUCCAGGCAGCCCAACCCUCCCGCUACCUUCUGCAACUGCAGUCAGCUCCCAAAAGUGAACGUGGCACAAAAAGGUGGGACUUCCGGCCCUGGAAGCCAAUGCGCAUGUGGCAGUCAACCGGUUACGCAAUACUUCCUGUCGCGUGAUCCUGAGGACCAAUGAAAAUGCAUAAUUGCAGUCCACGUGCCUCGGUUUCCGUUAGCAACCAGAGGCUUCUAAACAACCUACCCUCUUUCCCCAUUUUCUGUGGUCCAACUACCCUCGGCGAUCCCAGGCUUGGCGGGGCACCGCCUGGCCUCUCCCGUUCCUUUAGGCUGCCGCCGCCGCCUGCCGCCAUGGCAGAGUUGGGCCUAAAUGAGCACCAUCAAAAUGAAGUUAUUAAUUAUAUGCGUUUUGCUCGUUCAAAGAGAGGCUUGAGACUCAAAACUGUAGAUUCCUGCUUCCAAGACCUCAAGGAGAGCAGGCUGGUGGAGGAGACCUUCACCAUAGAUGAAGUCUCUGAAGUCCUCAAUGGAUUACAAGCUGUGGUUCAUAGUGAGGUGGAAUCUGAGCUCAUCAACACUGCCUAUACCAAUGUGUUACUUCUGCGACAGCUGUUUGCACAAGCUGAGAAGUGGUAUCUUAAGCUACAGACAGACAUCUCUGAACUUGAAAACCGAGAAUUAUUAGAACAAGUUGCAGAAUUUGAAAAAGCAGAGAUUACAUCUUCAAACAAAAAGCCCAUCUUAGAUGUCACAAAGCCAAAACUUGCUCCACUUAAUGAAGGUGGAACAGCAGAACUCCUAAACAAGGAAAUUUUAAGACUUCAAGAAGAGAAUGAGAAAUUGAAGUCAAGGUUGAAGACCAUUGAAAUACAGGCUACAAAUGCACUGGAUGAAAAGUCAAAACUAGAAAAAGCACUGCAAGAUUUACAGCUUGAUCAAGGAAAUCAAAAGGAUUUUAUAAAGGCCCAAGACUUAAGUAACUUGGAAAACACUGUCGCUGCCUUAAAGAGUGAGUUUCAGAAGACACUUAAUGACAAGACAGAAAACCAGAAGUCACUGGAGGAGAAUCUGGCGACAGCCAAGCACGAUCUACUCAGGGUUCAGGAGGAGCUGCACAUGGCUGAAAAGGAAUUAGAAAAGAAAUUUCAGCAAACAGCAGCUUAUCGAAACAUGAAAGAGAUUCUUACCAAGAAGAAUGACCAAAUCAAAGAUCUGAGGAAAAGACUGGCACAAUAUGAACCUGAAGAUUAAAACUGAAGAUUUCAUCUGGAAGCUACCACAUGCAAACAUACAAGCAGUCUCACCUCAGGCAUGUAUUUUGAAAAGCAUUUUGUCAUAUCCCCUCUCCUUAUUUUUCUAAUAUUUAGACUUUGAAUAUUUAGAACUAGAGUUCCUAUUUUCAGCUAGUUGAAAACAGAGAAAACCUUGUGAUUCUGUCUGGUCAUCCCACACACCUCUCUACUGAGUGCUCCAGAGUCUUAGCUCACAUGCACUGAGAAUUCUUUACAGCAAAGAAGAGAUUUUUAGAGUGGGAAGAAGAGGCUUAUCCUUCUGCAUUAGUAUAAAGAGUCUGUAUUUUUAAUAAAUGUUAAAUAAGCUAACAAUGUUUGUACUUAUGCAUUCCCCAUGGGUAAAAAUAAAUAAUAGCAUCGUUAAAGAUAGUUAUUACCAAAAAAAGAGAGUUAUUACAAAUAAAUAUGUCUCUUUAUUUUUAAAAAUGAAAUCUUAAUUCAUUUACUCUAUUUGAUGAUAAACUAUAAAUUCAUUGAAAAUGUGAAUUCUAUUAUGGGUAGCCUUUUUACCAAUUAUAAGGAACAUUUACAGCAGUGAACAUGAACAUUCACUUAGCUUCCUCAGUCUCUCCAUCUUAAAGAUCAUUUAUCAGAGGAGGUUCAGCAUUUUUUGCAGCAUAACUUUUCAUGAGUCUGUAUUACUAAUGGAUAAGUCAAAUCCAUCCUGCACUUCUACAGUUUAGAAAGUAUCUGGACUCAGAAUAAAUGUAAUAUUUAUACUUGUUUCCAGAAUGUUAUUUUACAUUUUAUGUUCAAUAAGAACACUUUUUAAAAGACGUAUAUUCAACAUAAAAUCAGCUAUCAGACUUCAGAUUAGACUUUAUUUAUGUGGGUCUAUAAUAAUUGUAUUUUCAAGAGGUUUUCACUAUAUUUGUAUUGGCCUGGUUUUCUCAGACGAUUUUGGACAAAUCAUUAGAAACUGGGCAUCAUAUCCACAGUUAAGUAAGGCAGUGAUAUACUAUAAGGAUAAACAAAGUCAAGUCCAUAAAGCAAUAAUCCCUCAGAAGGAAAGUCCUUACUUUUCACAUAUUAAUAUUUAGUAAUUUUUCCUGCUUCUAAAAGUAAGAGUAUCACACCCUAAAUGAACGCUGUCUACUAAGAGACAUCAUUCCAUUUCCACAAAUGAAGAUUUUAUUCCAAGAAACGAGUUUACUGAUUGGAGCAUAGGGCUUGUUGUUAUUUUUAUUCAAGCUUUUAGUAAUAGCCUUGAAUUUAUUAUUUUUCUUAUAGGCUUUUUGUUAAAAUAGUGAAGGAACAAAUGUUAAAGGGUAAGAUAAUUUCCCUGCAAAAGGACACAGAAGGCAGUCUUAAGAAGAUGAAUGGAUGAGAGAAGGGAGAGAAUAAAAUGCAAUAACAAGCCAGCAUUUACUAUGUAUUUUCUCCUCACCUGUCUCUCCAUAUUUAGGUCACUUACCAGUUUCUGUGCCCUUUUGGAGCUUUUGUUGAGGGCUUCAUUCUCACCCUGUAUUUCUUUAGCCCUAAAUUGACACUCUCUCCAAAAAUCCAUUCCAUUGUCUGUGGACCAAGAUGUUCUAUGUAAUUCAGAAGCAGAACUCUUGGCUAAAGGGCUAGUGUGGCCUUCAGAAACCAAAUAUUUUCUCCCUACACCUUUGUCAGUUUGAAACCAGUGAGGAAAAAAGGUAUGUUGAUAAGAAACCUAUAUUGCUAGGUAGAAUUUGUACUUGUUUUCUUGGUAGCAGUUUUGAAAUAUUCUGUACAGUACGUUCCUAUUGUUUAAUAAUAAAUUCAAAAAUAUUUCUAAAACCUUAAAACCAACUACGCCAAGCAUUAAGAUAAACAAAUAUGAUGUUCUUUGACGUAAAUCAACGUGAUGAUUCUUUCACAUGUAAACACAUUUUAGUGUUUCUGGUUUGUCAUUUUUGUUGUUGUUGUUGUUGUUAUUAUUUACUCUAUACCCUUUAGCAAAAUACAGUUUUAAAUUUUUAUUGUUUUUAGUAGUUUUCCAACUUUAAGACUUAUCUAAUUUAACUGAGAAAGAAAGCCUUUUUCAUAUAUAUAUAUAUAUUGGAUUUCUAAGGAUGGUGGUUUGAGCCUUGAUUAGACUUUUGAUGAGCUAAGCCAGACAGGCAGUCUGUACAUUGAUGGCCAUCACAAUGCAGCUUUGGUUUAAUUUAAUUCAGGCCUGCUGCUGAGUUAUGCACAGACUUUUUGUUGACCAAAAUAAAAUAUAAAGGGUUUUCUUCUGUUUGA